GUCACCUGCUGUUUGAAGGCUCGCGACCUGAGUCGCGCGGUGCUUUCCUUGGAAUACUUGGACAACGACGGCGCCUCCCUGGGGACCGGGCGGAUCUCCAUGUACGCUGCGGUCAUUGAGAGUUGUAUCACCUCUGGCGAGGUGACCACGGCCUUGCAGAUGGUCGAUUGGGCCUACACGAGAGCUCCUCCCGAGGAUGCACGCACGGGUCUCUCCAUGGAUUUGCUGAAGCGGGUCUUUGACAGCGCCGUCUACCGGGGGGCCGAGGCGGAGGCGCAGAAUGUGCUGGAUGCCAUCGGACUUCGAGUGGGAGAUCAUGUCCGAAACGCCUUGCAAGACACGCUGACCACUCGCCGUUCGUCGCGAGCUGAUGAAUCGGCUUACAAAGGA